AGGGGCUGGUCGCCGCCGCCCAUUGGCCGGCCGCGGAGUGUCGGUGAAGUCAGCUCGGAGUAGCAGAAAAACAGAGCGGGGUUGACUGCAGCGUGGAGCGCGAGCCGGGCUGGACGCGCGCAGCCCUCGCCAGAGACCCGCGAGGAAUUGGCAUCCAUUGAAAGAAUCUGCAAGCCUCUCUCUGCCCAGAGCUCCAGGACCAAUGUGUCUUCCUACCACCUUAAACCACUGAGCCAUCCGGAACCGCAGCUGUAGAAGACUUGCCCCUCUACCAGCAUGAGUUCUGAGUGUGAUGUUGGAAGCUCUAAAGCUGUUGUGAAUGGCUUGGCACCUGGCAGCCAUGUGCAAGACAAAGCAACUGCCGACCCUUUACGUGCUCGUUCUGUCUCCGCUGUUAAAAUAAUUCCCGUGAAGACAUUGAAAAGCCCUUCAGGCCUAGUACUCCCUCCAGACAUGGACCCUACAAAAAUCUGCACUGGAAAAGGCACGGUGACUCUUCGGGCCUCAUCUUCCUACAGGGAAACUCCAAGCAGCAGCCCUGUGAGCCCUCAGGAAUCUCCAAAGCAUGAGAGCAAGUCAGGCCUGGAGCCAGAGGAGGACCCUUCAGCAGAUGAGAGGAGACUUUCUUCCAGUGCUGAUGCCAAUGGCAAUGCCCAGCCCUCCCCACUUGCUGCCAAGGGCUAUCGAAGCGUGCACCCCAGCCUUUCUACUGACAAGCCCCAGGAUGCCACCUCCUCCAGCCCAGCCCCGUCUGAGGUAAUAGUUGUCCCUCUCUACCUGGUUAAUACUGACAGAGGGCAAGAAGGCACUGCCACAACUCCAGCAUCUCUGGGGCCACUUGGCUGCGUCCACACUAUCCCGGCGACCACCCCUGCUGCCUCACCUCUGACCUUCCCGACAUUAGAUGAUUUCAUUCCCCCUCAUCUGCAGAGGCGGCCCCAUCACAGCCAGCCAGCCAGUGCUUGUGGCUCCCUCCCCCCUGCUAGCCAGAGGCCACCACCCUCACCACCACCUCCGCUGGUCCCUCCCAUACCGGAGGACCUCCACAGAGCCUUGGAGCCUGACCUCCCGGGAGCUGUCUCAAGUACCGGCAGCCCUUUAAUAAAUGAAGUUUCUUCUUCCCAUAUUGAAACUGAUUCCCAAGCCUUCCUUCCAACAAGCAAACCGUCAUCUGCCUACCCCUCCACCACAAUCGUCAACCCCACCAUCGUGCUCCUGCAGCACAAUCGAGAACAGCAAAAACGACUCAGUAGUAUUUCAGAUCCUGCCUCAGAGCGGAGAGUGGGUGAACAGGACUCAGUGCCAACCCCGGCAGAGCUCACCUCGCCCAGCAGGGCUGCUGAGAGGAGAGCAAAGGAUGACAGCAGGAGGGUGGUGAAGAGUGCACAGGACCUCAGCGAUGUGUCCAUGGAUGAAGUGGGCAUCCCACUCCGGAAUACCGAAAGAUCGAAGGACUGGUACAAAACUAUGUUUAAACAGAUCCACAAGCUGAACAGAGACACUCCUGAAGAAAACCCUUAUUUCCCUACCUACAAAUUCCCUGAACUUCCUGAAAUCCUGCAAAAUUCUGAAGAGGACAACCCUUACACUCCUACCUACCAGUUUCCUGCAUCUACUCCUAGUCCUAAGUCUGAAGAUGAUGAUUCUGACCUGCACUCUCCUCGAUACUCCUAUUCUGAAGACACAAAGUCUCCCCUUUCUGUGCCUCGCUCAAAAAGUGAGAUGAACUACAUCGACGGGGAGAAAGUAGUGAAGAGGUCAGCCACACUCCCCCUCCCAGCCCGCUCGUCUUCACUUAAGUCCAGCCCAGAGAGAAACGACUGGGAGCCCCCAGAUAAGAAAGUGGAUACGAGAAAAUACCGAGCAGAGCCCAAAAGCAUUUACGAGUAUCAGCCGGGCAAGUCUUCCGUUCUGACCAAUGAGAAGAUGAGUCGGGAUAUAAGCCCAGAAGAGAUAGAUUUAAAGAAUGAACCUUGGUAUAAAUUCUUUUCGGAAUUGGAGUUUGGGAAACCGCCUCCCAAAAAGAUAUGGGACUAUACUCCUGGAGACUGCUCUAUCCUUCCUAGAGAGGAUAGGAAGACUAAUCUAGAAAAAGAUCUCAGCUUCAGCCAAGCAGAGUUAGAGGCAGAUUUAGAGAAAGUGGAGACGGUUAAUAAGUCACCCAGUGCAAACCCGCCACAGAGCUCAGCAAUCAGCCCAGAUGUCACACCAGAGCCUCCUGGAUAUAUAUAUUCUUCCAACUUCCAUGCAGUGAAGAGAGAACCAGAUGGGACCCCCGGGGUUCUUGCUAGCUUGGAGAAUGAGAGGCAGAUUUAUAAAAGUGUCUUGGAAGGCGGCGACAUCCCUCUUCAGGGCCUGAGUGGGCUCAAGCGACCCUCCAGCUCGGCUUCCACUAAAGUGGAUCGUAAAGGCGGGAAUGCUCACAUGAUUUCUUCAUCAUCAGUCCAUAGCCGAACGUUUCACACUAGCAAUGCUUUAGGCCCUGGGUGUAAGCACAAGAAACCCCUGUCGGCUGCGAAAGCCUGCAUUUCGGAGAUCCUUCCUUCUAAAUUCAAACCCAGGCUCUCUGCUCCCAGCGCUCUUUUGCAGGAACAGAAGAGUGUCCUGUUGCCCUCAGAGAAGGCUCAGAGCUGUGAGAACCUUUGCGUUUCUCUGAGUGAUUCCAAAAGAGGCCUCCCACUCCGGGUUGGGGGGAGCAUCGAGAACCUGCUCAUGCGCUCCCGGAGGGAUUACGACAGCAGGUCCAGUAGCACCAUGAGCCUACAGGAGUAUGGCACCAGCGCCAGGAGGCCCUGCCCUCUCUCCAGGAAGGCCGGACUGCACUUCUCCAUGUUCUACCGGGACAUGCACCAGAUCAACCGAGCUGGUCUUUCCUUAGGAUCCAUCUCCUCCUCAAGCGUGCGGGAUCUUGCCUCCCACUUUGAAAGGAGCAGCCUGGCAUUAGCCAGGGGUGAGCUGGGAGCCAGCCAAGAGGGCUCAGAGCAUAUCCCCAAGCACACGGUGUCUUCCCGGAUCACGGCCUUUGAGCAGCUCAUUCAGAGGUCCCGGUCCAUGCCAUCCCUGGACUUCUCUGGCCGGCUGAGCAAAUCCCCCACACCUGUGCUGUCUAGGAGCGGCCUGAUUUCAGCUCGUUCAGCCGAGUCCCUCCUGGAGUCUACCAAGCUCCGUCCCAGAGAGAUAGACGGCAUGAACUCUGGAGGGGCCUUUGCGUCCCCCACAUGUAGCAAUAUGGCGGACCAUGCCUUGAGUUUCAGGAGCCUUGUGCCUUCUGAGCCCCAUUCUGUCUGUUCCGAUGAGCUAGACCACUGUUCAAAUGCUUCCAAUGACAGCAGGGAGGGCAGCGGGGGCAGUGCUCAUGGAGACUUCCCCAAACAUCGCCUCAACAAGUGCAAGGGCGCCUGCCCGGCCUCAUACACGCGCUUCACCACUAUCCGGAAGCAUGAGCAGCAGUCCUCCAGGCAGCCAGACUGGCGCUCCGAUUCCAGGGGGGACAAGAACAGUGUCCUCAGAAAUAUCUACCUGAUGAGCCCCCUCCCUUUUCGGUUGAAAAAACCCCUUCAACACCACCCUAGACAGCCUCCCCCCAAUGACUCCUCAGGGCCCCCUGCCGGCCAAAAGGCAGACCUCCCCAGCCAGGGCCCUCAGGACCAGCCCCACUCUGCCGGGAAACCCGUGGUCCCCACCCGCCUGUCCUCCCGACACACCAUGGCAAGGCUUAGCCACAACUCAGAGCCCUCUCUGGACAGAUCCGCAGGCCUGGAGGAUUGCACAGGGGCCAUUAAUAACGGAAACCCUGUGCCCUACUCAGACCAUGGCUUGGACAGAAACAACAACCCACAAAGUGAACUGGCGGCGGCCCGCGGAGAUUCCGAGUCACCAAGACAUUUUAUACCAGCUGAUUACUUGGAGUCUGCAGAAGAAUUUAUCCGGAGACGGCAUGAUGAUAAAGAGAAACUUUUAGCGGACCAGAGACGACUUAAGCGCGAGCAAGAAGAGGCCGAUAUUGCAGCUCGACGCCACACGGGUGUCAUCCCGACGCAUCAUCAGUUUAUCACUAAUGAGCGCUUUGGGGACCUCCUCAAUAUAGAUGAUACUGCAAAAAGGAAAUCUGGGUUAGAGAUGAGACCUGCCCGAGCCAAAUUUGACUUUAAAGCUCAGACACUGAAGGAGCUGCCUCUGCAGAAAGGAGAUAUUGUUUACAUCUACAAACAGAUUGAUCAGAACUGGUACGAAGGUGAACACCAUGGCCGGGUGGGAAUCUUCCCACGCACCUACAUCGAGCUUCUUCCUCCAGCUGAGAAGGCUCAGCCAAGAAAGUUGGCGCCUGUGCAGGUUUUGGAAUACGGAGAAGCCAUUGCUAAGUUUAACUUUAAUGGUGACACACAAGUAGAAAUGUCCUUCCGAAAGGGUGAGAGGAUCACACUGCUCCGGCAGGUGGAUGAGAACUGGUACGAAGGAAGAAUUCCUGGGACAUCCCGCCAAGGCAUUUUCCCCAUCACCUAUGUGGAUGUGCUCAAGAGGCCAUUGGUGAAAAACCCGGUGGAUUACAUCGACCUGCCUUAUUCUUCCUCCCCAAGUCGCAGCACCACUGCGAGCCCACAGUAUACUAGUCACAGCAAGCUCAUCAUGCCAGCCCCUUCAUCUCUGCCCCACCCCCGCCGAGCCCUCUCCCCUGAGAUGCACGCCAUCACCUCUGAGUGGAUCUCGCUGACUGUUGGGGUGCCAGGCAGGCGUUCUCUGGCCAUGACACCACCCUUGCCUCCUCUGCCUGAGGCUUCCGUCUAUGACACGGACCACUUGGCCUUGUCAGCGAGGGUCCGUCCCUCGUUGCCACUCAGCCUCCCCUAUUCAAGUCGGUCAGAUCACUCCACAUUGCGGUCAGUGGUUUCUCCGCUGGCCCUGCCUUCACCUCACAAAGCCUACUCCCUGGCACCAGGUGCCCAGGCUCCUCUUCACAUCAAUGGAGAUGGUGGUAUUCACACCCACCAAGAAGGCUUCUCUCAGCCGCCACAGGGGAACUCUGAUAGGGUCAUCUCAGAGCUUAGUGAUGCCUUUAGCAGCCAGAGCAAGAGACAGUCCUGGCGAGAAGAUGGAUCUUAUGAGAGGAGAGCAGAGAGCGAGGCAGGUGAGAGAUACCCUGGUGGACCCAAGAUCUCUAAGAAGAACUGCUUGAGACCUUCAGACGUGGUCAGGUGCCUGAGUUCUGAGCAGAGACUCUCAGAGUUCCACACUCCUGAUGACAGCCAGUCCUUCAAGCCUCUGGGUAGCCCUUUCCCAGCAUGGGAGGCUGGGCCACCAGAGCUUCACAGAGGUGUCGAGGCUGACAGGAAGGCUGCUCAGAGUGGUGUAAGCCAGCCUUCUCAUCAUUCAUUGAGCGCAGGACCUGAUCUCACAGAAUCUGAAAAGAACUAUGUGCAACCUCAAGCCCAGCAGCGGAGAGUCACCCCAGAUAGGAGUCAGACCUCACAGGAUUUGUGUAGCUACCAAGCAUUAUAUAGCUAUGUGCCGCAGAACGAUGAUGAGUUGGAACUCCGAGAUGGAGACAUUGUUGAUGUCAUGGAAAAAUGUGACGAUGGAUGGUUUGUUGGCACUUCGAGAAGGACGAGGCAGUUUGGUACUUUUCCAGGCAACUAUGUAAAACCUUUAUAUCUAUAAGAAGACUGAAAACCACAGAGAUUAUUUUUCUCAGAGGAUGCAGCAUCAUUCAUGAACUGGUCUCUUUAUUUAAGUAUUGAGUCAGUAGGAAAAUUAAUGCAGUUGGUAAAGAAUUCAAAAAGAGGAACAAAGAAGUGUGUUUAAAACCCACUAUGUAUCAGGGCUUAACUGUGUGCUGAGGUAACCGGUAUUUACAUGGCUGCUUCUGGGAGCUGCUCUAGCCCCUACUGCUUGGGUAAUCUGAUCUGGAGUAGUGUCCACAGCAGCAUUAGCCAAAAAUGUGCUCAGUCUUUACCCACUCUUUACCAUUUCAAAGGGGCCCCCUGGGGCCAGAUAGGUCAAUCCUCAGCCAUGCUCCACAGGCCCCAAGUCUGAGCAUCGCUGCCCAUCCCUGCCUCUAUCCAUGGCUGUCCCAGAGCCAGCAGACCCCCAGUGCUGCUAGAGGCUGGUCUGGAUUCUGAGGUUCCUUUCAGCACCAUGACUCCAGGUAAAGAAAUGGAGGCAGACUGGGUGUCCUGGAAUUGAGCCUGCUGGGUGACAUUGUACUUGACUUCCCUGAUACUCAGAAAAGCAUGCCAUAUUUAUCCUGAUCUUGGAAGCAGGUGGCCAGGCAGAUGGGUUACAUUUGUGUUUCCAUGUGACUAAGCCAGUCACCUUGGGGCUCCAGAGGUGACUUGGAUUAGACUCCUUUCCUGGUCACCAUCCCUGGCUGGGCAGGGUUGGAUGCACUUUUCUUCUCCCCUUUAGUGUGGACUUGAUACGCCUGAGCCCACAGAAUCCAGACUGGUCUUUAGUAGUCCUCUUAGCAUGUGCAGAUGCUAGCUGGCUGCUGGGGUACCAUGGUAAGGCCCUCUCAGAUCUGGGAGGGGCUCCUGUGGAGGAGGUCAAAGACCAUUCUGAAUGUUGUCCCCUCCUCCCCACCACCCCAGGCCGGGGAGUCCUGAUGCAGAUGCUGAGGUCCCACUCAGAGCUGAGGUAUCAAACACUGCCUUGGGUAUGAAGCAGCAAUGUUGCUCCUCCUGAUGGCAACCAGGAGUCUGUCCUGUGAGCCCUGGUUGUGAGGAGGGGACCCCUUUGACGCCUGGGUGUGAAUUACCACUCUGAUUGUCUGUUAGAUCCCUAAUUGACACAAAGAUAAGUGUGGCUUCUUCCCAGAGCUGAGUCUGCCAGGGGUUCAGCUGAGUGGAUGGCAUAGGAAAAGAGACCCAAUCUAGAGAGACUGUGAUAUGUGCAGAGGGUGUGAGAAGGGAUGCGUUUCUCUGGGGGGAAGGGGAGCACCCUAGAAGGCAUUGUCAGGUUUUCAUUUCCCUCAGCUCACUUCUGAACAAUGAGGAUGCUUGGAGAACCUUUGUCUGAGGGUAGUUUAUGUCUGGGAAUACUUGGAAUUUUUCCAGAGUCUCAUCUUCUUAUUCUACCCACACAUACAUGUACAAGGUCAUGAACAUCAGGAAUUGUAGGUGAUAGGGGUAUAUACUGGAACCCCUGGUUCUCUGCGUGUGGCUCCGAACCACGCUAACCACUGUCCUUUCCAAGUCGGCAGCAUUGUCUUGAGUGACUGCUACCUCAGAUGGCAUAGGAUCCUACCCACCCGUCAGCCACAGUUCUCCAAGGAGGCUCUCGGGAAAGAAACUGCCACUGAUUGAGUCAUGCUGAAAGAUAAAUGGCGGAUAGGAGGAAUGCAUUGUAACUUCCAGGAGACAUCAUUUUUAACUGACAGCAGAGCCUUUAAUCCCAAGGGAAAAGGGUGUGGGACUAACUGAGGGCACAGAAGCUUCUUGGGCAGAAAAGACCUGAUGAUUCUAUGACCUGUUGCUCUGGAAGCUGCUUCACUCGCCGAUAGCUUUCUUGCUUUCUCUCUUCCUUCCUUCCUUCCUGCCUUUCUUCCUUUCUUCCUUUCUCUGCCCCUCUCAAAGGGAAUCUAGCAAAAUAAAUAAAUAAAUAAUUGCACAUGUGCAUUUUUGCCCAUUUGGAAUGCAGCCCUUGCUCUCUCCUAGACGCCAGUCAUGAAUAGUGCAGUUGUAUUUAAAUUUCCUCAGGGGUGCUUUCUGAUUAAGUAGAUAAUUUCAAACACCCCUUUAAAUACAGCUAGAAAAUAAAGCCAUUUUGUAAAAGCCACAUUUGCAUCCAGUGCCAGCCUCACACAGAGUGUCUCCCCAAAUCCAGGUGUGCCCAUCUUUAACAAGAUCUCUCCAGCUUCCUACGUAUGACAGAAACACAGAGCGAAGAUUUCCAACUACUCCUUUGUCUUCAGACCUUUAGUAAUAUAAAGUACUAUUUUUAUGCUGAAACGUUUAUACAGGGUUAGUAACAGCAAGCGCAACUUACUGGCGGCAUGCCUCGCAACACGUUUUGAUAUAUUAACCAUGCUUCCAGGUACAGGCACGCUCCAAGCUACUCACCUUUUGCAGUCUCUCUGGGAUUGGUGAAAGAAAAAAAAUCACAUCACAUGUUUGAGAAGUGGGACUGUAAAUAUGUAAUGUAUAUUUAACUUUGUGUAGCCCAUGUACCUACCUUGUAUAGAAAAAUAAUUUUUAAAACUUGAGCAGAAAGGGGAGUAAAAUAAGGAAGUCAUGAAGGGUUGUUUUAUUUUUUCCACUUUUAUUUAAAUGAAGGAAUUUCAAAUAAUUCACCUGCAGACUUUUAGCACAAAAAUAGUCAUUGGAAAUUGUUAGCAUAUACAAUUGUUCUUUGGGGAAGAGAAGACAACUAUAAUAUAUCAUUUACAGCUUUCUUUUUUGCAGUUCUAUUUAUCUGCAGUAGUACUAAAUCCUAUUGCUGGAAUAGGUUACUACCAAAAAAAAGAUUAUAUUCAGAAAAAAAAAUAAUUGACAUAUGUAACCUAUUAAGGUAUUGCAUUUAAAUUUCACACCAAGCGCAUGUACUAUGCAGACACAGAUUUUUCUGUUCAUUUAUUUUUCUUUAUCGCAGUGGAUUGAUUUGAUAGACUUGUUGAAUUACUACUUUGCUGUAUAUAUUAUUUAAUAAACUUUAUUCAGAAUUGCGUGGCA